UUCAAGGGAUCUGAAUACUUCUGCUACGACUUGUCUCAAAACCCCAUUCAAAGCAGCAGCGACGAAAUAACUCUGUCCUUUAAAACUCUUCAGAGGAAUGGACUGAUGCUUCACACCGGGAAAUCAGCUGAUUAUGUCAAUCUUGCCCUGAAAAAUGGAGCUGUCUCUCUGGUCAUUAAUUUGGGAUCAGGGGCCUUUGAAGCACUAGUGGAGCCCGUGAAUGGAAAAUUUAAUGAUAAUGCCUGGCAUGAUGUGAAAGUCACCAGGAAUCUGCGUCAGGUGACAAUAUCAGUGGAUGGGAUUCUUACCACAACGGGCUACACGCAAGAAGAUUAUACCAUGCUGGGGUCUGAUGACUUUUUCUAUGUGGGAGGCAGUCCCAGCACAGCAGACCUUCCAGGGUCACCAGUCAGUAACAACUUUAUGGGCUGUCUCAAAGAGGUUGUUUAUAAAAAUAAUGAUGUAAGGCUGGAAUUAUCUCGACUUGCCAAGCAAGGAGACCCUAAGAUGAAGAUUCAUGGAGUGGUGGCAUUUAAAUGUGAGAAUGUUGCAACGUUGGACCCAAUCACCUUUGAAACCCCAGAGUCUUUCAUCUCUUUGCCUAAAUGGAAUGCAAAGAAAACAGGCUCCAUAUCAUUUGAUUUUCGCACAACAGAGCCAAAUGGCCUCAUUUUAUUUAGCCAUGGCAAGCCAAGACACCAAAAAGAUGCCAAGCACCCUCAGAUGAUAAAGGUUGACUUCUUUGCUAUUGAGAUGCUAGAUGGCCAUCUUUACCUCCUCUUGGACAUGGGAUCAGGUACAAUAAAAAUCAAAGCCCUACAGAAGAAGGUGAAUGAUGGAGAAUGGUAUCAUGUGGACUUCCAGAGAGAUGGACGGUCAGGUACCAUUUCUGUCAACACACUGCGCACGCCCUACACUGCGCCUGGUGAGAGCGAGAUUCUGGACCUGGAUGAUGAGCUGUACCUGGGGGGCUUGCCAGAAAAUAAGGCCGGCCUCGUCUUCCCCACUGAGGUGUGGACUGCUCUGCUCAACUAUGGCUACGUGGGCUGCAUUAGAGAUUUGUUCAUUGACGGCCAGAGCAAAGAUAUCCGGCAAAUGGCUGAAAUUCAAAGUACUGCUGGAGUGAAGCCCUCCUGCUCAAGGGAAACAGCAAAACCGUGCCUUAGCAACCCUUGCAAAAACAAUGGCAUGUGCAGGGAUGGGUGGAACAGAUAUGUCUGUGAUUGUUCCGGAACAGGCUACCUUGGCAGGUCCUGCGAGAGAGAGGCCACGGUUCUGAGCUACGAUGGGAGCAUGUUUAUGAAAAUCCAGCUCCCAGUGGUGAUGCAUACAGAGGCGGAGGAUGUGUCCUUACGGUUCCGAUCCCAGCGUGCAUAUGGCAUUCUCAUGGCAACCACCUCUAGAGAUUCCGCAGACACCCUCCGCCUGGAGCUGGAUGCAGGCCGUGUGAAACUGACGGUCAACCUAGAUUGUAUCAGGAUUAACUGUAAUUCCAGCAAAGGUCCCGAGACCCUUUUUGCUGGCUAUAACCUCAAUGAUAACGAAUGGCACACAGUGCGUGUGGUCCGUCGAGGAAAAAGUUUAAAGUUAACCGUGGAUGACCAACAGGCCAUGACAGGUCAAAUGGCAGGCGACCACACAAGGCUGGAGUUCCAUAACAUAGAGACUGGCAUCAUCACAGAACGUCGGUAUCUGUCUUCUGUCCCCUCCAACUUCAUUGGACAUCUGCAGAGCCUGACAUUUAAUGGAAUGGCAUACAUUGACUUGUGUAAAAAUGGUGAUAUAGAUUACUGUGAGCUUAACGCCAGAUUUGGCUUCAGGAACAUCAUAGCAGACCCUGUCACCUUCAAGACCAAAUCGAGCUAUGUUGCCUUAGCUACAUUGCAAGCCUACACUUCUAUGCAUCUUUUUUUCCAGUUCAAGACAACAUCCCUAGAUGGACUAAUUCUAUAUAAUAGUGGGGAUGGAAAUGACUUUAUUGUGGUCGAAUUAGUUAAAGGGUACUUACAUUAUGUGUUUGAUUUGGGAAAUGGUGCUAACCUCAUCAAAGGGAGCUCAAAUAAACCUCUCAAUGACAAUCAGUGGCACAAUGUGAUGAUAUCAAGGGACACCAGCAAUCUCCACACUGUCAAGAUUGAUACGAAAAUCACAACACAAAUCACCGCAGGAGCCAGAAACUUGGACCUCAAAAGUGACUUGUAUAUAGGAGGAGUGGCUAAAGAAACAUACAAAUCUUUGCCGAAACUUGUCCAUGCCAAGGAGGGCUUUCAAGGCUGCCUGGCAUCAGUUGAUUUAAAUGGACGACUUCCAGACCUCAUCUCAGAUGCUCUCUUCUGCAAUGGACAGAUUGAGAGAGGAUGUGAAGGACCCAGCACAACCUGCCAAGAGGACUCCUGUUCUAAUCAAGGCGUGUGCUUGCAGCAAUGGGAUGGCUUCAGCUGUGACUGUAGUAUGACCUCCUUCAGUGGGCCACUCUGCAAUGACCCUGGGACAACAUACAUCUUUAGCAAAGGUGGUGGACAAAUUACGUAUAAGUGGCCUCCUAAUGACCGGCCAAGUACACGAGCAGACAGACUGGCCAUAGGGUUUAGCACUGUUCAAAAAGAAGCUGUAUUGGUGCGAGUGGACAGUUCUUCUGGCCUGGGUGACUACCUAGAGCUGCAUAUACACCAAGGAAAAAUUGGAGUUAAAUUUAAUGUUGGGACAGAUGACAUCGCCAUUGAGGAGUCCAGUGCAAUCAUUAACGAUGGGAAAUACCAUGUAGUCCGUUUUACGAGGAGUGGUGGCAAUGCCACGUUACAGGUGGACAGCUGGCCAGUGAUCGAGCGCUACCCUGCAGGAAACAAUGAUAACGAGCGCCUGGCGAUUGCUAGACAGCGAAUUCCAUAUCGACUUGGUCGAGUAGUUGAUGAAUGGCUACUCGACAAAGGGCGUCAGCUCACAAUCUUCAAUAGCCAAGCAACCAUAAUAAUUGGCGGGAAAGAGCAGGGCCAGCCCUUCCAGGGCCAGCUCUCUGGGCUUUACUACAAUGGCUUGAAAGUUCUGAAUAUGGCAGCCGAAAAUGAUGCCAACAUCAUCAUAGUGGGAAAUGUGAGACUUGUUGGUGAAGUGCCUUCCUCAAUGACAACUGAGUCGACAGCCACUGCCAUGCAGUCAGAGAUGUCCACAUCAAUUAUGGAGACCACCACAACCCUAGCUACUAGCACAGCCAGAAGAGGAAAGCCCCCUACAAAAGAACCCAUUAGCCAGACCACAGAUGACAUCCUUGUGGCCUCAGCAGAAUGUCCCAGCGAUGAUGAGGACAUUGACCCCUGUGAGCCGAGCUCAGGUGGGUUAGCUAACCCAACCCGAGCAGGCGGGAGAGAGCCAUACCCAGGCUCAGCAGAAGUGAUUCGGGAGUCCAGCAGCACCACGGGCAUGGUGGUGGGGAUAGUAGCUGCCGCCGCCCUGUGCAUCCUCAUCCUCCUCUAUGCCAUGUACAAGUACAGAAACCGGGAUGAAGGCUCGUACCAUGUGGACGAGAGUCGAAACUACAUCAGUAACUCAGCACAGUCCAAUGGGGCUGUCGUAAAGGAGAAACAACCCAGCAGUGCGAAAAGCGCCAACAAAAAUAAGAAAAACAAGGAUAAAGAGUAUUACGUCUGAUUCCAAGAUCUUAAAAAGACCCUUGUAUAGAAAUAGUCUUCAUUUUAUCUGAGACAUAAUAUAAACUUAUUUACUUUCCUUUUUACGAAGCACAUACAAAAGAAGACAGGGAAUGCAAUCAGGAAGGAAAGACUGUUUUUAAAAAAUAAAAACAAGUAUCUCAUGCUCUUGUUUCUCCAAAAAGAAAGAAAAAAAACAAAACAAAACAAAACAAAACAGGGGCCAAUAAAUUCCCUAACAUCCACAGUGUUUUCAUUUACUCUGCCUGUCUUUAUGUUGCUGGAACAUUCCUAAAAGACAGUGAUGACCGCACGCAUUCAUAAAGCAAAGGAGUAUUACAACAUCAAGGCACAACACAAAAACAACACAACACACAAUACAAAAAAAAAAAAAAAAAAAGAAGCUACCUAUGAUCCUGGAUUUAGCCAAAGUGCUAGCGCUUUCCUGAGUUAGUCCGAUUGCCAGAGAAGACUGUGUCAUUUUGAAUGACCCAACCUGCAAACCUUUGGGUUUGCCACCUGGCCGCAACUGGAGCAGUGGUUGGAACUUGCAUUUGAAACAAAGUGCUGGCUUUUUUGAAGACUUGUGUAGGAACACAUUCAAAAAGCCCCUUUCUGGUGGUGAGGGAAAAAAAAGUAUGGAGGCCUUAUUUUCAACCAUGUGAAAUAUAAGGCACAUUUUCACACUAAAAUUUCAAAACAACAAAACAAAAAAACAAGAGGGCAUAGAUGCAAUCAUUGGGAAAUUUUCAUGCACGCUUAAUAUGUUAUUACAUAUGUUUAUAUAAAAUCCAUCUCUGUGUGCUUUCUGGACUGUGAUAAGUGACGUUUUAUAGCCUGUUGUAUAGAAAAUGCAAAAUAUAUCUCUGCUCUUCAGCCAUUUUUGGUAAAUUCAAUGUUAUAAGUGUUGCUAAGUAUAGGGAGUUUUAUGACAUCGGAGCAACAAUUAUUUCAGGGUUGUUUUUUUUUUUUUUUUUUUGCCACCAUUAUAAAUUGCCACAAUUACUUACUUUUUUAAAAAAAAUUACAAUGUAGUGUUUAUUCUAAGGAAGAUAUGUAUGAAUGUAUAUAAAAAGACUCAGCUACUUUUUUUUUCUAACAUGUACAGCCUUCAUUCUGUUGCAAUUAAGUUUUAGUAUUUGUAUGAAAGGUGUGAAUUAGAAGGUAAAAUAUAUACAUAUGUAUCUUAUAAUCUUCUUUUCUCCCCUAAAUACUCACAUUUUCCACAUACUUUCAUCAUUUACAAACGCAAAUACACACACAGACACAUACACACACACACACACACAAAUCCAGAGGAAUCCAUCAAAUAUGAUGGAAAACCCAAGCAUAUAUAUAACAGCAAAUGUUUACUGACAAAUUGAUAAGCAGGAAGGAAGGAAGAUAGUUGUGCCAAGGUAUUGAUGACAAAUGGGGUGAUUUGCUUCACUGAGAUCAUGCUUCCAAGAAACCCUGAGAAUAUUUUAGUCCCUAAUGAAAUGGAACCUUUUCUUAUCAAAUAGAAUAUCACUGGCAUAUUGAUGCAUGAAUAUGAACCAUUUUGUGGGGGAGGCUAGUGUAUACCUUAACCACCCUGGCUGCCGCAAUUAAAAAUUUUGUUUCCAAUAAAAUUAUACAUACGAGAUUUUAUAUAUGUAUAUAAAAUCUCUGCUCUGAACUUGAUGUGCAUGAUAAAUACUUUGGAAAGUAAACAUUUUCUCAACUAAGAAAGUAUUUUUAGUAAUCUUUGAUUCUGUAUUACUAUCCAUCUUAAAAAAUCAUUCUCUAUUUGUUGAUUAUUGACCAUAUUUUAACUUUUCUGGUUUUCAUAUAUAUCAUUAAAUAUAGUUUUAGUUUAACACACAUUAAGUAAUAGAAAAAUACAGAUUAUACACUUGUUUUGCAUAUUGUUUCAAUGAUGUUCAUAGCAAUAAAUUAUUAAUAUGAGCAGGCAAUGCAAAGGAAAUGCAUUAUUAGAUUGGAAGGUGAUGCCUCAGUAAAAAUUGGUCGCAUUACUUUAAAACAUCUCCUAAAAGAAUGAUACUAGAUUUCAUAAAAGAGAAUACCUUUACAAUUAGCUUUAAUCAGCAAAGGCAAAAAAAUGCAAAACAUCUUUUGUGAUACUUUAGGUGAUGAAAAAAGCCAAAAAGUGGCCUGGAUUUCAGACAUACAGCACCUUAGAAAUAUGUGUAAUUCAUAGCAAAUCACCACUAUCUAUGGUUGCCAAGUAAUUGUGUUGUGUGAAAAGUCUUAAAGGCUUUUCAUGACCCAGAAAGUAGAGGUUUAAAACUAAAAUUUAGUAUCUAUAACUUGUGUUUCAGAUUUUCUUCUUUUUUUUAAAUUUGCUAGCUUAAAGAAUUCAUGUCUUUUUUUUUUUUUUUCCUCUCAUUCAGUCUUACUCAGGGAAAGCCAGUGAAAUAAGAACGUAAAUAUGAAACCACUAAUUUACAUCUUGAGGUUUUAAAAAGAAAUGGUUGCUUUUCCGUAUGAUCUACUGAACUCAACCUAGUUUCCAACUGGAAAGAUUCUAAAAUAUGAUAGAAAAUAAAUUAAAUAAUGGUAUUUUUAAGCAGUAUAUCUAUGAAGCAUGUUGUUUGGGAUUGAUUUCAUUGUUUCUUUCCAGCAUAAAUUUUAAAACUUCAUGUAAUGAUAUAAUCUAAUAUUGUCAGUAAAAAUACUUCUAAUGUUAUUGGCCUACACAAAAUCUAGCAAUCUUUUUCUUUUUUUUUUUCUUCUUUCUUUCUUUGUGAAUGGAGAAAGAAAAGAGAGGAACAUGAGCUAGAGAGAAAAAAAAGACAUGAAUAAGAUCCCAAGUAUCUUCAUAUCAAAUGUAUCAGGGUUCCAUGAAUAGUUUGCAGUUAACAGGAUUUCACACUACCUGGCAUAAAUUUGAUUACAUCUCUAGACUGUAACUUUUCUGAUUGAGUAUGCUUCUUUUUUAUCCAUGUAAUGUGUUGCCUUUUUAAAAAAAACAAAAAACAAAAAAACAAAUACUACAAUAAUGUGUGAGGUGGUCAAUCCCCAAGACAUUAAAGAAAGGCCACAUGACCCUACCCUUCUAGUGCUUUGUGUGAUUGGGUAUCUAAGGGUUUUGUUUUGUUUUUUCUGUUGCAAGGCCAAUUUAUCCAUUAUUGGAAAUGCUAAGCAAGUGGAAUUUACUGUUUUGUUAAUAAAAUAUUUCUUAAUACAACUGUGGAUUUAUUGAUUUUAAAAAAAAGUGUAUGCGGCACCAUUUUGGGAAAAGUGGCCCAGUAAGGAAGACUGAAUUUGAAAGGAAAACCUGCCCUUUAGACAAGCAGGGGAUGAAUACUGCUGAUCUUUUUCUGGGUUUUAAUAUUCAGUAAGCACAUCUACAUUCAUAGAUUUAAGAUACAGUCACUAAAUGUACCUCUGUUUACAUCUGUGCAUCUUGCUCUCCAGGAAACUGCAAACUUGUAAGAAGUAGUUAAAAACAACAUGAAGAUGCUGAUUUCAUACGUAGGAUUUUCUCUAUAAAAAGCAGUAUAAUUCAAGUAAACCUGUGAUUAAAUUCCAAUACUAUCUUUUACUAGCUACAAGUUGACAAAUAUAAUUUCUCUCACUUUUCUCAUUAGUAAAUUAAGGGUAAUAAUAUCAACCUCAUAGGGUAGUAAGGAUCAUAAGAACUAAUGUGCCUUGCACAACUAAGUAUAAAGAAAAGGUGGCUACUUGUAUACUAUAAUUUUCCAUAACAAUAAUUCAAGAAAAUAUGUCAAAAAUGUUUGCUCAGGUUGUGCUA